UUGUCCUUCUCGUCCCCGCAGCUGGUGGGUUCGGACGAAGGCCUGCAGCAGAAGUUGGCGGAGGCCAUCCUCCGAGAGAAGAAGAACUUCAACAUCAGUGUUCACCUUGCUACAUCUCUCCCCUUACCUUCAGAGAGGGAUCACCUUCGGCCCAGGAUAGAUCUGAUUGCAUUUAUGAUUGACAUCAAGAGCAAAUACAGCUUGAAGAAUGUCGAAGCUUCCCUAGCUCAUGUGGAUGUCAGCUUCUUCCUGGGGAAAGUGUGCUUUCUUGUCACUGGGGUUGGCAGGGUGAAUUACUGCAGCGUGGAGAUGAACACCAUCUGGAAACUGGGAGAAGUCUACUGCAGUCCUGUGCUAUUCUGUGAGCUGGAGUUGGAAGGGAUACGAGUUGCCACUGCUCAGCGACUUCUCCGGAUGUUACAGAUCUGUGCUGGUCACGUACCAGGAGUUUCUGCCUUGUCCUUUAGCUUGCUGAUGAGGCGCUCUGCUGAUGAAUAGCUUCUCAUUGUGAGAAUUCAGCCACAUUCGUCAGUUUGUUCACUCCAGGCAUUCAAGCUGGAAUCACAUUGGGAAGCUUUUUUGCCUGACUUGUCAUGACCACUUGUACAGAGCUGUUACUAGUUGGUAAUCACUCAAGAAAAGUUUGACUCCUGUUCAGUGGAGUGAACAUAUAGGUGCUGGGGGGAGGGCAGACUGAAUUGGGGGUUCCUAUGCAUUAUUACAUCUGCAUCCCAUUUCAUGAUCAAGUCUGAGUUUCACCCACUUUGCCAAUGGCCAGGAGCUAUGAGUUUUACUGAGAGAAUAUCAGAACAGGCCACUAUCCCAAAUGCCAUGUGUCACGGUUGAGCGUCUUCGUUUCGGUGUCUCCAAAGUACUAGAGAAGAGGCAGCAGGCUCCUGCUUCCUUUCAGUUGAAAUGCAGCACCUUGGGGCUAACGUGAAACCUCGCUGCCAUGUUUUGUCUCCCCAUGAAGAGAAGAAUGGGGAAGGCAGGCUGUCCUGUGGCUUCUAGAUAGGCUGCAAGUGGCAGUAAAUGAUCCAGCUGUGUGAGCGUCUGCCCAGUGAAAGGCUCAGUAUUCCCAUGCCUGAUAUCUAAUUGGGGAGGAAGGGACUAAAGAAGAUAAUCUAGCACUUUAGCUUUCUUUUAGAUCUUUACAGAAAAAGGCUCCAUCUAGCAAGCCCAGGAUAACAAUCAACCCCAGUCUACCAAGCCCAGGAUAACUCUAGCAACCCAGCCACCGGGGCUGACCGGAGGCUGGACUACAGCAACCUACAGAAAACACACAUUGUCACUUGCGCGCUGGGCGUAUGCUGUGUGUAAUCCCAUAACUAACAGGUUCUUGUCAGCGGUAAUUCAUGCCUUAUUCUUACUGCAAGUCAGUGGUAUG